AUGAGUAAUAUUGACUCUAUCCUACAAUAAGUUACAGAUGAAUAUAUUUUCUCUAAGGAAUCUUUAAAAGAAUUAUUGCUAAAAAUCUAAACUACUAAAUCUGAAUGGACUUAGCUUGAAUAUGAAAAUAAUGAUAAUUACUCAGUAGACUUAUUUGCUAAAGAUCUGAAUAAAAAAUAAAACCUAAUACUUUCAAUCUACAAGAAGACUAAAAAAUUUAGUUAAAACAAGAAAGCUAAUGGUAUUUUGAUAUAAGGAUAGGAUUUCUUUUCUUUGUCUGAUAUUUCUAAUUGUUUCUAAACUUUUGAUUAUAUAAUUUAAGCAACAGAAUACAAUCAAUAUUUCAAAUCACUAAGAUCAUAUAUUUCAGAAGAAAUAAAUGAAAGAACUAUUCCUUACAUAAAAACACUAAACAUUAAUAAAAGUUAUCUAAACAUAAGAAGUUAAAAGGCAAAAACAAUUGCAGAAAAUAUAUCUAAAUGCUAUAAUUUAUCCUAGUUAAUAAUAGAUUUAAGUUUAAAUUACUUAGGUUCUUUGGGUGCUGCUAGUUUUUCAAUUCCUUUAAAAAGCUGUUUAAAUUUACAAAAAGUUUAUUUUAAUUUUAAAUUCUAGAAUACAUUUGAUUAUAAAUUAAUGAUAGGUGAAGAAGGUAUUUAAGGAUUAAGCGAAGGUCUUCGCAAUCAUCCUAGCAUUCAAAGCUUUAGUCUUAUUUUGGAUAACAAUGAAAUUGGAUUUGGUCUUAAAUAUUUAAUUUAAAACCUAAAUACUUGCUAAAAUUUAAUGAAACUUCAUCUUUCUUUAAAUAAUUGCAUGGUGUAGUAUUCUAGUUAUCAUACCUACUCUUUAAAUGGAUGCUAAAAUUUGACACAAUUUUCGUUAAAUCUAUUCAAUGGUAAUAUUACUCCUCAAAUUGUUAAAGGUUUAACUUCUAGCCUCAGUCUCCAAUAUUUUAGCUUAGAUUUAAGAUAAGAUGGAUAAAUUUAAUCUGAAACAAAAAAAAUUAAAAAAUUAUUUUUUAAAAAUAAAUAAAUGGUUUAAAUUAAGUUAAUUAACUGA